GUGGGAGUCAGUUGCCGACGGACACAUCAGCAUCAUGGGGUUCUUCUCGACGUGGCGCAAGGAGAAGGAGGAUGUGAAUACGAUGAGCCUCGUGCGCAUGGAACGGCUGUACGACGAGAUGCAGAAACGAAAGAACGGCGAUGUGGUGCACUCUGCCGAUCGCACCGCGUCAUUCUUGCACAGCUCAAGUCGGGGUGGGCGGGGUGGUGGUGGUGUCGCGACACCACUUGUGGACGUGCACACGACAACAGGAAAAUCGACCACGACCUCAUCCGCUCCAUCACCGCAAGAGUUGACCGCACACACGCGCGAAUUGGACGCAACGCUGUUUUACCGCGUGAGCUGCCGGUUCCUCGACCCGACGCUCGAGCAAUUGUACCAAGAGUACUGCCAAGUGGAAUGGUACGUCCGCGCGCGCAACACGGUGAUGGUCAUGAUGAUGCUGCACAUCGUAUUCUUCAUCGUGACGUCCAUGAAGUCCACGACCGCCGAAGACCUGCUGCCCAAGGACUUCAAGCGCCCAGAAGAGUGGGUCCAGUGGGCGUACUUUUUCGCGGCCGUGCCAUUCGUGGCGUGGGUGGACGAGGACAGUCCGUUCCGUCGGCGCUGGAAGAUCGCCGUCACGUUGAUCCUCCUCACGUUCAUAUGCGGCACGCAGAUGUGGCUCGGCUACCAAGGCAGUGCGUCCACGGCAGAGUUCCGAAAGCUGCUGCUGGUCGAUCUCACAUCAUCUCCUUCCCCUUUGUGCAACCGGACCGCAUACGACGACUUGCAUCUUGGCCAGAUCAACAAGAACCUCCUUAGCGCGUUCGUGGCCCUCGCCGCCAUCUUCCUCAUCCUGAUCGGGUCGACUUUGGCCGUAGUAAUCCGCCUCGAUUUCCCCCAGGUGGUGCUUCUACUCGCGGCGUCGUCGGCCGCGCUCGUGGCGGUCCUCCACCUGUACGCGCUGUCCAUGCAGGCCGUGAUCGUCGUGAGCUACGCCUCGCCCGGCUUCCUCCUCUGCAUGGCGUGCUACCACUCGGACCGGUCCGCGCGCCGCUCCUUCCUCGCCAAGAUCCACGUCGAGAAGGAGAAUGCCGACCUCCAGUUCACGCUCAACAAGGCCGAGAAGGCGCUUCUGAACGACCCCGCGUGCGACGCCGAGACGCACGCCGUUCGCCAAGUGCUCAAGUCCAAACACCUGGAAAUGAUCCAGAUCCCGUUUGCCGACCUCAAAUUUGAAAAAAUCAUCGGCCGCGGCGCCAGCGGCGAAGUCAUCAAGGCGAGCUACUUGGGGACGUCCGUGGUGUGCAAACGGAUGCGUCGAGAUGCGAUUUCGUUGCCGUCGAUCCAGCGCUUCCGUGAAGAGAUCGAGCUCAUGUCAUGUCUGCGGCACCCAAACAUCGUGCAGUUCAUCGGCGCGUCGUGGGACAACUGCUCGAACGUGUGCAUGGUGCUCGAGUACAUGGAACACGGGGACAUGCACAGCGUGCUGCACUCGGCCAUCGGCCGCUCCUUCGUCUGGAGCGACCCGCUGCUCAAGAUGGCCGUGGGCGCGGUCUCGGGCAUGCUCUACUUGCACUCGCAAGGUCCUCCUAUUCGCAUCUGGGCUUCUUCCAUGUUUACGUGGUGAUAUUUUUACUGACGUGUUUCCUGGAUUUUUAAAUGCGUAUAUAUAUAUGUGAUCUGUUCUACACCAGCGAUUGGUUGACAUAUGAACCGCCGGACCUUCAAAAUGUCAUAUAAAACGAAUCAAUCAAUCUUAUUAGCCAAUGAAAUUGCAACGUUCAUUCGUUGUAGCCAAUCAUACUCGUUUGCUGAAUUAGAUGGCGAUUUCGUCAAUAACGCACAAUAUAUUUGAAUGAAAUUAGAACCCCCCGUGGUGCAUCGCGACUUGAAGAGCGUCAACUUGCUGUGUUCGGCUACAUUUGGGUGCAAAGUGAGCGACUUUGGCUUGUCUCGGCGGUACAAAAAGGACAUCGACGCCCUCACGACCGUCGUGGGUACCCCCUUUUGGCUCGCCCCUGAAGUCAUCCGCAAUGAAAAGUACGGCAUUUCCGCCGACAUUUACUCGUUUGGGAUUGUGCUCACCGAACUGGAAACCCGGCAAACGCCAUACCACGACAUCGACCAGACCGGACUCAAGGUCAUGCUUCGCGUAGCCAAGGACGGCCUGCGCCCGUCGCUCCCAUCGUCGUGUCUGCCGCGCCGCCGCCGCCUGAUCCAAGACUGCCUGCUGGACCCCCCGCGCAGCCGGCCGACGUUUCUCGAGGUGCUGCAUCGCUUGCAGGGCGAAGUGCGCGAGGAAAUCGAAGCGGACGCCGAAAAGCUGGCGAUCGACCGCCGCGCGCUGCUUCGAACCAAAGCCAUCAAGCGCGAGCAGUCGGUGCGGCGGCUGGAUCAGUUGUAAUAUGUGACAGAGUGUAAUUUAUCGUUUACGUUAGAAUUCAAAGUACUACAGUACAGUAACGACGAAUAUCAAGAUGGGAAAGGUUGAACGGAUAUCGGGUGAGGUCGACGGCAUUAUGCGUCGCGGAUGGCGCCGACUUGGGGGACGACGCGACCGUUGAGAAACAGCACUGGCAGCGUCCAGUAGCCUACAGAGAAGGACAUCCAUGAGGUAGUGGGACAGGAUGGCAGCUUUGUACCAGAUUUCGCGGCCAGCGCCGCGCGAAUCUCACGCAGCAACGCCGGAUCGGUCACUUCGUCGAGGUUGACAAUGCAAUGACUCGUUCGUCGAGCGCGGCGGAGGACGUCAGCGACGACGCACCCAAAUGUUUCGGUGGCGGUUUCGACAAAGAGCACGGCGUUGUAGUGCCGCAGCCGCGACGUCACGAACGCCUCGGCCUUGCGUUGCAACAGCGUCGGCGGCGGAGAGAACAAGGUCGUGAGGCAAUGCCACAACGUGUCGCGGUUGUCGUCGUACAGAGACAUAUGUACUUGUCGGAACCAAACUGACUUACCAGUAUGCAAGUUGGGACGUGGCGUAGGGGGGCGUGUGAUGGUACUGGACUUUUCACUACACAACCAUUUUCGGAACUUCUCGCCAGGGCGUGGUGCUUCUGCUUGAGGCUUCACGGCCGCGGUCUGUACAGUACUACUUGUACUUGCCAUGGCGACCAAGACCUCAACGUCAUCACAUUGCUCACAUGUCGUCACGAUGGAAAUGCACGAGAGGGAAGGAAUUCUCAUGAUCAAUCAUCGACGAAGCCUCUGAAAUUUAAUACGUC